UGGAAGGGAGCGGCGUUGCCAUGGCGGCGUCUCUUGGGCAGGUGCUGGCGCUGGUGCUCGUGGCCGCUCUGUGGGGCGGCACCCAGCCGCUGCUCAAGCGGGCCUCCUCCCGCCUGCAGCCGGUUCACGAGCGGACCUGGGUCAGGCAGUUGCUGCAGGAGAUGAAGACCCUCUUCCUGAAUGUUGAGUACCUGAUGCCUUUUUUCCUCAACCAGUGUGGCUCCCUUCUCUACUACCUCAUCUUGGCAUCCACAGAUCUGACCCUAGCUGUGCCCAUCAGUAAUUCUCUGUCCAUCGUCUUCACACUGAUUGUCGGGAAGGUCCUUGGAGAAGACAUUGGUGGAAAACGAACAUUCGCAGGCAUGGUGCUCACCACAGCCGGAAUUACACUCUGCAUCACAAGCUCAAUGAACAAGACCCAGGGACAACCGUCUACCCUUUAAGUGGGCCAACACCACCCUCCAGCUCUGCUGUCUCCAGGAAGUCCGUUGGGCCAUGAGGUGCAGCCAGUGAGCAGCUGGACGUAGCACUUCCCCACUCUGAGCCUCAGCUUCCUCAUCUCUUAUGGGGAUAAUAGCUACCUCGUGGAUCACAAUAAGAGGACAAGAGUGAAAGGGUUUUGUAACUUUCAAGAGCUGCUCAAUGGCUAGGAUUUAGCACAGCAGACUUCACACUCACUCUUAGCAACCUUUCUGCCACAGCGGCUCUCUUCCUGCUGUCACAUCAGGCCCCCAGCCCAGCCACUGUUACUGUGACCUGAUCUUGACUAUCCCAGCAGCAGGGUCGAUGGACUACAGAACCCCAGCUGAAUGGACAGGGUCAGCUCCAGUCUUUGGGCCAGAAAUGGAAAUAGCAGGCCUCCAGGACUCAGUCAGAAAGCCUUCGCUGGCUGUGGGGAAACCGAGGGGAGGAAGGUGCAUCAGAAUAGCAGAUGCAGGGAAGAUGAGCUGUCUGUUAGCCUUGCAUUGCCCACCCAUGAGGUGGGUAGAAAUCCUCCAUGGUCUGCCCCUCUCAAACAGAUAGACACCUGUGAGCCCUGGCACUGCCUAACUCCAGCAUUUUGCAUAAUGCUUGGUGAGUAGUAGCUGUAAUAAAUCUGUAGUAAACAGACGGAGGUUAGUAAGUAUUCUUUUAUUGUGACAGACAUGCUCCCUAGUUUGUGGUCUCUCCCCCAAGCUCAGGUGGCUACUUCUUUCUCUGGCCAGAGAAUCCCAUAAGGAAAUGACCUCCGUCAGUUGGGCUGCUCUGCUCAGAGGGAAGGAAGACUGGGCUGUGGGUUUAGGAGCAGAAGACUGGGGAGGGUCUGAGGGGGCUGAAGCCUACCCUGCAAGCCCAGGGGAGACACUGGUUCCUAUACAGGCUGCUGGGGGCUGAGGAUAAAAUGUGGCUGCAGAGUGGCAGUCCCCGGUUUCUGGCUGGGACUGCUGGCCCUCAAGAUGGCAGAGCAGGUGUGGAGGUUGAGAGAGCUGCCCCAGCCCCAGGCUGGUUUUCCAGGGCCUCUUCCACUAUCUGUGCUGCCCUCUAGAGGAGGAGGAAGGCCGUACAGAGUGGGGCCAUUAGCAUCCCAUGUCCCUCUGCCAGCCCUCAGCCAAGCUUUCCAACCCCAGGAAAGGAAGAGACUUUAGAAUUAGGAUCUGCCCAAGCUGGUGUGGCUCAGCAGAUUGAGUGCAGUCCUGUGAACCAAAGGGUCGCUGGUUCAAUCCCCAGUCAGGGCACAUGCCUGGGUUGCGGGCCAGGUCCCCAGUGCGGGGUAUGGGAGAGGCAACCAUAGAGUGAUGUUUUUCACCCUCUCUCUCCCCGUCCCUUCCCCUCUCUAAAAAUAAAUAAAUGAAAUUAUUUUUAGAAAAAGAAAUUAGAAUCUGCUCUCUAUUGAACAAGGUAAGAAGUGCGGCUUUGAGAUGUUAGGAGAUCUGCUCACAGUCACAGGGGAAGAACUGGGGGGUGGAACUGUUCCUGGGACCCAGGGCUGACAGCUUCUCUCCAGCUCAGAAUACUUCCUGCCCCAACAUAAUGUGUCCAGCCCCAGCCCACCUGAUCCAAGGGUUCCUCUGUCUGGGUGUCUUCAUC